AUAGUAGGCCUUGUCAUUUCGCAUUGUACUUUUUCAUUAUAUUUAAUUCAAGUGAACUAGCAACAUGUCGUCUCCCAAUACCAACGAGAUAUCAGAUGGCAGUUGGAUCAGUUGGUUCCUUGGAAUCAUGGGAAACGAGUUCCUCUGCCGCGUGCCUACUGAUUUUAUCGCGGACAAGUUCAAUCUGACGGGUCUGGAGUACUGCAGCCAGACACUGGACGUGGUCUUGGAUCCGGAGUUCGACAGCGAGGACUGCGACUGCGACGACGAGGAGAAGCUUUAUGGCAUGAUCCACGCCAGAUACAUCGUGUCGCCGCGUGGUUUGGAAGCUAUGCGCUUAAAGUACGAGAGGAAGGACUUCGGUUUGUGUCCGAGGGUCUUUUGUAAGGGGCAGAAAUGCCUGCCAGUGGGCCUCACCGACGUGUGGAACCAGAAUCAAGUGAAGCUGUACUGCCCUAGCUGCUACGACGUCUUCGAGCCGCGAUCCAUCAGUGGUAUGCUGGACGGAGCCAUGUUCGGGACCAGCUUCCCGCACAUGUUUUUCAUGCAGAUGCCGAGCUUGAGGCCCCAUCCGCCCGUGGAGAAGUACGUCCCCCGUCUCUAUGGAUUCAAGUUGCACCCGAAGGCCCUGUUGCCGCCCGAAUCGGACGAGUCCCCGCCAAACUAUAUCGAAUCCACGGUUAACAAGUCCCAAGUCAAUAGCUCCAAGAUUUUCAAGGAAUGAUCUAAAUUUUUAACACGAACACGAAAUUUUAACACACGAACAAAGCACACUAAUAUUGGUUGUAUAUCUUGUUGUUGCAAUUAAACAGAUGCGUUGAUAUGGCCAGUGACCACUUACACAUGGGUGUGCUCUCUCUGCCCUAAACACUUCACACUAUUCGGUUCAAGCUGGCCAUAUCAAGCACUCAU